AUCCAACUCCCCACCCAAAACACAUGUCAAAUAAAAACCAAAACAUACCAGAGAAUGCAUUUUGCCGGUGGUUGCAGCAGAGUUUUGUUAUUUUAAUUUAACCAAAAAUGCAUUUGUGGCAAUAAAACAUCAUUCGGAAAGAUUACAUUUUUCAUGCACAUGAAGUUUGUCCAGCAUGGAGCUAAUUGUGAUUUUUGGUAUUGUGGUACUGAUGUACGUAGUGCUUCUGUUUUUCGACGGAUUUUUUAAGAGUUGCAUGCACUAUCCAUAUGAUGCAUUCCUGCGAGGGACCGGACUGACGGUAAAGUUCCUGCGCCUUCAAUGGCACACAACGGCACUGAACCGAUCGAUCGUCAAAUGGAGCACAAAGUAUCCGAAAAUACUUGACUGCUGCUUUAAUAUCGGUGUCUACUUGAGCCUGUUGUUAAUGCCAUUCGCCGUGGUGAUGAUCGUAAUAUCGUCCUUCCAAACGAAUCUUCACGGACAAUCGGCACGGGUGGUCACUUCGGGCGGGGUAGCAGGAGAUUCCCGCACACCCGUACGUCGGAUGGUAGAAAUUGACUUGGUGGUGCCAGGUGUUAAUCUACCGAUCAACGAAAUUGGUUACUACAUUGCGGCCUUAGCCAUCAAUAGUGUAGUACAUGAGCUCGGUCAUGGAUUGGCGGCGGUACUCGAGGACGUGCAGAUCAAGGGCUUUGGAAUGCACGUGUUGUUAAUCAUCCCGAUGGCCUACACGCAGCUAGAUUCGGAUCAGCUAAACACGCUUCGAUUGUGGAAGAAACUGCGCGUGUUGUGUGCCGGCAUUUGGCACAAUCUGGUGCUGGCUCUAAUCACGUACCUGCUGUUCAUCUCCACUCCACUGUUGUUCUCAGCGAUCUAUCGCACCAGCGAUGGUGUCAUCGUGACCUCGCUCAAAAACAACUCACCAAUGGCCGGAUCGCGAGGCCUGGAGCAAGGAGACAUCAUUAAAUCGAUAAACAGCUGCGAAAUACACCACGAGGAAAGUUGGUUCGAAUGUUUGCUUCACACGAUCCAUUCACCACCGGCCUACUGCGUUUCGACUGAUUUCGUGCACCUGAACGAUGAAUCCGUACCCAUGUCACACAAGAACGACGGGCUGAUUGAGUGUUGUGGCAGCGAAAACACCGCGUCCAGCUGCUUCGAGUACAUGGUCGAUGCGAACGAGGACGACGUGGCGCUACCGCAACACAUGUGCCUCAACAUACGCAAGACAAUCGAAAACAGCUUCGGAUACUGUCAACACAACGGCCAAUGUUCGGAAGGGCAUUGCUUCAAGCCAAGCAUCAACAACUACACGACAAUUAUGCAGAUACAGCGCGAGUCUAAACCGGAUGUCAUCUAUAUCGGCCAUCCGGGUGAUGCGACCAGGACGGUUCAUGUUUCGCGCUUCGUCCCAAAGACGGGCCUGUUUGCGCCGCGCUUUGCCGACUCGAUCCAGCUGCUGCUCAAGUAUGUGACCGUGUUUGCGAUCGGAUUGGCGUUCAUCAACGUUAUGCCGUGCUAUGGGUUUGAUGGACAGCACAUCGUCAACACGCUACUGACGGACGGUACGAUCCAGCAGCGAAUACCGCAGAAAAGUAAGCGUGACAUGAUUUCACUAGCGGUCAACGUUAUUGGCACGUUGUUCGUGUUCAUAUUGCUGAUCAAAGUGUUUUGGUUGUCGCUCUCUCGCGUCCUGUCCGUUUGAGGAUGGAAGGCCAAGAGUUCGUACGAAGUGAUCGGGGGAAGCAGAACCCAAAACGCCAUAUGACAUCGAAUUCCAUUUAUGUAGGAAAUUCAAUUUUACAAGCUACAGCGCAAAUAAGUUAGCAGUAGUUGCAAGCAAAGUAGGUGGAAAAACCUUCUUUUUUGUUUAAUUUUAUGGAAGUAAAACAAUCGAAAUCAGCGCCACCAGAUGUGCGGUAGGUGUGAUUUCUUAAAGCAAACUAUUAGUCACGUAAUUAACAUGGCGCAUCAGCAUACUAGCAGCUCGCACUGAAUGCAAUCAUUUAUAGGAAAGACAUAUUGUGUAUUGAUAAUAGCCAAUAGAAUAAACAUGAUCACUGAUCUAAAACUAAACGAUAGCACCAAGGUACAAGGUUGUGUUGUGAUAAAUCUUUUCACUAUCUUCAUCUCUUCUGGUUGCAAUAUUGCUUGUUGCCAGCACCCCACACACAUGUUGUUCAAGAUCAGCUGUCCCUUUGAAGCGACAAGCGAUGCCAAAAGAAGGCAAAUAGCAUAGCAAGACGAGACAGCAACCAAAAAAAAUUUUCGGAGAUAACAAGGCACUUGCAAUCACUCACCGGAUGUUCUUCGUUCUCCCAGCAGUUACUCUCCCAAGAUCAGGAUAAUUGGUGUCUCCCGCAACAGGACACAACAUCAACAAACUCGAAUCUUCUCAGACGCCUGCACUGGUGGAUUUAAUUUCGCUUCAAACAUUUAGAAUCCUUCACAACUUCUAUCGUUCGCCGAAAGAU